AUAACCCCUAGAAGCACCAGGAGUAAUGUGAGCACUUAAUAUCCAGUAUCUUCAUAGGGUUUUUGCGUAACUUCUGAAAAAGAUAAGCGUUACCAUAUGGUCACACUUAGCUACGGUCCUAGUACCGAACUGACAUUUGAUUGAGCUUAGUAGGUUCCCCAACAUGGGAAGACGCGCCUGCUCAAUAGAAAGACAUGAGUCUGCGUAAACGACAGCAUGUCGUCUGCAAGCCAUGUGAAUGCCUCUUCUGCGUACAGAUGUGCCCUGAUUUUGUUGCUCUCAGCUCUAUCUCCUGUCCAAUAUGUAGUCGGCGAGGCGCCUCUGGCCAUAGCAGAUUCUAUCAGCUUAGAGGGAACCACUUCCCAGCCGGUCUUGGAGGCUCCCAUUCCUGUUGACGAGCCGUUUCGUUGCUUCCCCAGAAAGAAUGAGGAUUGUUAUUUUAACAAGUACUCGUCACGUGUUUGGCCUGAUGUUCGACAAAACCUGAGCGCCCUGACCAAGCGGUGGCAGAGGGUUGCGGCGGAGCAGCCUCUUUACCCUGAGGGGAGAUAUCAUGGCUGGGGCAUUGCAAUCUUAUGCGGGCCCAGGGGAAUGAAUAAUCUGCCAGUUGUACUGAAAGUGCUCCGUGAUCUGGGCUGCAAGCUUCCUGUGGAAGUCUGGCACUUUUCGUCUGAGAAUUUGCCCUUUGAGCAUGCAACUUGGAUAUCGCGCCAUCAGAAUGUGAUGCUAAAAAACUUGCACGAUUAUGCUAAGGACAUUGAGGUGGUUGAAACGAACGUGGGCCCGCGCAUGUUUGGCGUCAAGCCUUUAGUUCUCCUGCACAGCUCCUUUGAGGAGGUGCUACUGAUCGAUGAUGACAAUCUUCCUGUCCGGAACCCAGCGUACCUGUUCGAGGAUCAACAGUAUAGAGAGUCUGGGGCCACCUUCUGGCCUGACUACUGGCGAACAAGUACAUUGAACCCUAUUUGGGAGUUGGUGGGCGCUGAGCCCCAUGGUUACGCGCAAGAGAGUGGGCAGCUUUUGAUCAACAAACGGAAGGGCUGGGUCGCGCUGGCAGUGGCGUUGCUAUUCAAUCAGGCGCCAUAUAGAUUGCUCCUCAAUGACGACAAGGAUACUUAUCGCUUUGCUUGGAUGGCCGUGAAGCAGCCAUUCUCGUUUGUGCGCCAGCCAGUUGGAACGACAGGCAUGAUCAACUCUAAAGACGAGCUCUGCGGAACAACAAUGCUGCAGUUUGAUCUGGACGGCCGUGAGAUUUUUUUGCACCAUAAUAUGCUCAGAUCGGGCCCGUUGGAACGGGCCGGCUCAAACUGGGCAAAGGCGAAGGUCCCCAUAGCGGGGCAGAUGGAGCACUUUGUACCCGUCCCUGGGAGCGCGUUGGUGCUUCCGGAUGAGACAACCAUUAAUUGCAUGGAUAUAAAUGGGCGGUACGACGUCAUAUUGCACCCGUUCAAGGAGUUUGAGGAGAAGUAUUUCGACUCCCAUAGAAAAAUGGAAGAUCUGUGGCUCCUAACGAACUCGACGGAGCGUUUCAAAAUUCCAGUGCCGGAGGACUCGUUACUUUCAACGGCCAAAGGAGUAAGCCUACAUGGCACAAUUUGGCAUAAUCUCAGCUUUCCAGCGCCAGAUGAGACCAAAUUGACAAUUCGAUUGGAAAUUGUUGUCAAGGAGGAGGGCCAGGAUGGGGUGGACGAUCCUUCCUGUGAGUCGAAGCUUUGGGUUGACCAGGUGCUGCUACCUUUGGGACGCUGCCCUUCUUUCGGGGCAGUGUCCGCUGGAAAAACGUUUGCCAUGCACAACAAGUAUUACCACAAACUCUUGGCCAAGAAUACGGGGCAAGGAAAGUGCGCGCAGGUUUUUGAGCUAGUUGCGCAACCAUUCACGGGCGUGAUCACUAAGAAGUCUGUAAAAGUGCGACUGUGCGGUCAAGACCGACGUGUUCAUGCUGUGCGGUGUCUCAACACCAGCGUGAAGUUGGAAAUGCCCCGUUGUAGGGGAAAACCUAUAACAGAGGAGUUUUUGUAAUGCGGCAGCCAAUGAGCCCACGCGAAUAGCUAAAGUGGUUGAUGGGGGCUGAAAUAAGCGGACACUGUUGGUAUUCAGAUCAUCGAGUACCGGGCGCUUCUGUGACCGUUCUGACAAUUCGAGUAUGUUAUGCAACCACUGGCAAUCAAGGCCAGAUGGUCCAUGACAGCGGUGUCUUUGGAAGCUACAGUCAUUUGUUGGGUGUACUUGUGGCGCUCAGGCAUAUGACGGUUCCAAGACAUACCAUGGGAAUACAUGGAUUGCAUGCAUGAAGAGCGUGACUCUUGCAGGAUUUUUAGGAUAUUGAAUCUAAGCAAAAGGUGAUUGAUCAGCUAUGAUGGGGCUGCUGCAAGACCAUUGAGAGUCCAGACAGGUCACGCAAUAGGGACGUUACGGAGUGCCGUGACCUACUUUUGAACCUUUUAACACGAAGAUCGAAGACAAGACCGAAAAU